CUGUACUAUAUCCUUCCUGCCAACAAAAACUUCAACUAACCACUGCUUAUUUGCUUUCUGAGAUAGUACCUCUAGCAGAGCUCAAGAAUUUCAAGAGAUGGUCCUCUUCGUUGCAAUCGCAAGAUCGUUAGGUCACAAUUGCCUUAAAGAAUCGAAACCCUACUUAUCUGGACACUUCAAUUCCAAGGGUUCCAAUCUCUAUAACUGGCAAUAUCAGAGUAUCAGAACUCUGCUUUUGGAAUCUGCUUCCGAAUGCGUUAGGAUUAAGAGGCUCUCCGAUUCCGAUUCGGGAAUUAUUGAGGUUAACUUGGAUAGGCCUGAAGCAAAAAAUGCCAUUGGGAAGGAUAUGCUGAGAGGAUUACAGCAUAGCUUUGCAGAUAUAAGUAGGGAUCAUUGUGCAAAUAUCUUGAUGAUCACCAGUUUAGUUCCCAGAACUUUCUGUGCUGGUGCUGAUUUGAAGGAACGGAAGACCAUGAGUCCAUCUGAGGUUCAGAGUUUUGUUAACUCUCUACGCUCCACCUUCUCAUUCUUGGAGGCACUUCGAAUUCCUACUAUAGCUGUUAUUGAAGGUGCAGCAUUAGGCGGGGGACUGGAAAUGGCUUUGUGUUGUGAUUUUCGGAUAUGUGGUGAAAAUGCAGCGCUGGGCUUGCCUGAAACAGGACUGGCUAUAAUACCUGGGGCAGGUGGGACCCAACGGCUUCCUAGAUUGGUUGGAAAAUCCAUAGCAAAGGAUCUUAUAUUUACUGGUCGAAGAAUUGGUGGCAGAGAUGCUGUCUCAAUGGGCCUUGUCAAUUACUGCGUUCCUGCUGGUGAAGCUUAUUCAAAGGCCCUAGAAAUUGCUAGGGACAUAAAUCAGAAGGGUCCAAUAGCAAUAAGGAUGGCAAAGCGAGCUAUAAACGAGGGACUGGAGACAGACAUGGAAUCAGCUUUGGAAUUGGAAGAAGAUUGCUAUGAACAGAUUUUGAACACAAAAGAUCGCUUAGAAGGCUUGGCUGCAUUUGCUGAGAAGCGAAAGCCUAGAUAUACAGGUGAAUGAAAGAAA